UGAAAAUGCAACUUCCUGUUAAGACGCCUUUAGUGCAUAGCUGAAGGUGAGAUUGUUCCUGACAUCGCUCUGUCUGUCAAGCCAAGCGCAAGCUUGAGGACGCCAGGGCAGAAAACACACAGGAAACUGUGACGACUGAUUAGAUAAAACAAAAGAAAGAGACUUAUGGUGUCUUAGAAGAGGCCCUUUACACUCCAUUAUGGCAAAAGUCCCUGGACUAAUGUUCGUACUGCUGGUCCUGGCAGGAUUAGUGAUAUGCCAGACCCCUGUCAUCGCUCAACCUUCAGACACAACUCAGGAAACUAAAACAAGUCAGACUCCAGAUAUCCAAGGAGCUGGCAGUCCAGACCAAGAUAAAGUGUCAGGCUCACCCGCAAACACCAGCUCAACUAAACCAGAAACAAACCAAAACACGGAGACAAAAGUUACAGUCCCAAUCACAGUGUCAGGCUCACCCGCACUCACCUCCUCAACUCAACACCAAACAAACCCAACCACACAGACAGGAGGUGCAGUAAACACCAGUGUGUCAGGCUUACCCACACUCACCCCCUCAACUCAACACCAAACAAACGUAACUAUCAGUGACACAGAUGAGGGUGCUGGGAAGGAGAACCCAAACGCAGAUAUCCAAGGAGCUGGCAGUCCAGACCAAGAUAAAGUGUCAGGCUCACCCGCAAACACCAGCUCAACUAAACCAGAAACAAACCAAAACACGGAGACAAAAGAUAUCCAAGGAGCUGGCAGUCCAGACCAAGAUAAAGUGUCAGGCUCACCCGCAAACACCAGCUCAACUAAACCAGAAACAAACCAAAACACGGAGACAAAAGUUACAGUCCCAAUCACAGUGUCAGGCUCACCCGCACUCACCUCCUCAACUCAACACCAAACAAACCCAACCACACAGACAGGAGGUGCAGUAAACACCAGUGUGUCAGGCUUACCCACACUCACCCCCUCAACUCAACACCAAACAAACGUAACCACAAAGACAGGAGAUAUCCAAGGAGCUGGCAGUCCAGACCAAGAUAAAGUGUCAGGCUCACCCGCAAACACCAGCUCAACUAAACCAGAAACAAACCAAAACACGGAGACAAAAGUUACAGUCCCAAUCACAGUGUCAGGCUCACCCGCACUCACCUCCUCAACUCAACACCAAACAAACCCAACCACACAGACAGGAGGUGCAGUAAACACCAGUGUGUCAGGCUUACCCACACUCACCCCCUCAACUCAACACCAAACAAACACAACCAUACAGAAAGAAGGUGCAGUAAACACCAGUGUGUCAGGCUUACCCACACUCACCCCCUCAACUCAACACCAAACAAACGUAACCACAAAGACAGGAGUUACAGUCCCAAUCACAGUGUCAGGCUCACCCGCACUCACCUCCUCAACUCAACACCAAACAAACCCAACCACACAGACAGGAGGUGCAGUAAACACCAGUGUGUCAGGCUUACCCACACUCACCCCCUCAACUCAACACCAAACAAACACAACCAUACAGAAAGAAGGUGCAGUAAACACCAGUGUGUCAGGCUUACCCACACUCACCCCCUCAACUCAACACCAAACAAACGUAACCACAAAGACAGGAGUCGUUAUCACAGUGCCAGUCUCACCCGCAAGCACCAACUCAUCUCAACACCAAACAAACACAAACAUAACAACAGAAGGUACACUCCCAAGCACAUCAGGCUCACCCACAAGCACCAACUCAACUCAAAACCAAACUAACACAACCAUAAAUACAGAAGACAAUAGCACAACAAUCUUGCACUCAAGCACGCAACAACAACCAAUUUCAAGCACAGCCAUGGCUACAACAGCAGUCAGUAACACAUCAGACUUGCACUCAACCACGCAACAACCAAUUUCAAGCACAGCCAUGGCUACAACAGACAACCAAACCCAAAGCACCUCUGUCCCACUCACAUCCUCACCCACGGACACAACCUCACCCACACUCACGAACAACGCAACAACAGUGAAACCCUUACCGUGCAAAUACAACUACAGCUUCAACGAUGAAUGGAAAGUGGGAUUUAACAUAAAUGAUGUUAAAGGCAUUUACAACAUUACGCUGAACAACGUUAUGUUGGACAACACCAGAACAAUCCCAGUGCAACGUGAAAUGAAGAAAUACCAAAUAUCAUUUACAUCACUAAAGCCUUGCCAAAAAUAUGCUGUCAGUUUUACUCCCUCCUGUACUCCCAGUAAAGAAAAAUACAGUCAUCUGGAAACAAGAACAUUGGUUGACUCAGAUGUAAGUUUCACACUGAAGAAUGAUCAAGUGUGUUUCAAGACCGUGUGGAAUUUGACUUUUGAAAAAGAAUGUAUAACCGUCACUAAGGAUAACUCCUGCAGCAAUAGUAAACUGAACUUUAAAGAAGACGUCUGUAAUAAAACCUAUGUACCUUUCCAACUUCCCCCAGUAAAGCCUGUUUUUAAUAUUACAAACAAGUUCCCAAAUGAAUUUAAUUGGAUUAAUAAGCCUAAACAAUGCCCAAACAACCUCACAUACUCCUGCAAUGACACAAUCGUUAAAGCCUCAGAGUUGAAACCUUUUAUAGAUUAUACAUGCAAGGGGACAUAUAAUUUCGGAAACAGACCAAUCACUAGCAACCUCACGAAAGUUAAGAUUGAAUGCUAUAUUGGUAAUGUCACUAUUGUCGAAAAAACGGCAAGCAGCAUCAAGGCAAGAUGGGAUUUAAGCAGCACAAACUGCCCAAACAUUACCAAGGAUAUCACUUUGGAAGCGAGCUGCACCAAUAACACAUCCAAAAAAGUCAAAAUGAACUGUUCUGGGGACUACUGUGAAAUUAAGGAUUUGGAAGCCUUUACUACAUAUAACUGCACUUUUAAUGCAAAGUACAAUUAUAGAAAAUUCCUCACUGUUCCCAAAAUUGAGAGGACCUUAUCUACAAAACCCGAAUUAAAUUGCAAUUCACCUGAGCUUACUUCUCAUAAUUCGUACAAAAUUACAUGUAGUAUUAUAAGUUGGCACGGGGACAGGGGAGAAGUCAAAGCAGAGCUCUUCAUAGAUGGUCAAGGGAAGAACGUAAAGCAGGCAAUUUUGACUUUAACUGAAAGCAAAUAUUCAUAUGAAUUCAAAGACCUCUACUACUUAACACACUAUAAAGUGCAGGUCACUGCCAUAAAUGGUAACGGGAAUAAAACUGAGAGGGAGUUUGUGCAUUUUGAUACUAAAUACAAUGACAAAGCUGUUCUUGGAUUCCUGAGCUUUCUCAUUAUUGUCACGUCUAUCGCGCUCCUGUUUGUCCUGUACAAGAUCUACCUUUUAAAGAGGGAAAAGUCAAGCAGGAAUGAACAGGAAAUGGAUGACCUUCUUCCAUCAAAUGCGCUGCUUAGAGUGGAACCCAUAAAUGCUGAUGACCUGCUCGAUGCGUACAAGAAGAAGAGGGCUGAUGAAGGACGUCUGUUCAUGGAAGAAUUUCAGAGCAUUCCACGUAUUUUCUCCAAUUUCUCAGUCAGAGAGGCCAAAAAAUCAGAAAACCAUCCAAAGAAUCGCUACGUUGACAUUCUUCCCUAUGACUACAAUCGCGUCUGUCUCUCUCACGGAGGAACAGAUGACUACAUCAACGGCAGUUUCAUUGAGGGUUACAAGGAAACCAAUAAAUACAUCGCAGCCCAAGGACCCAAGGAAGAGACGAUAGGAGAUUUCUGGACGAUGAUCUGGGAGCAGAAGACUUCCAUUAUUGUCAUGGUAACCCGUUGUGAAGAAGGAAACAAGAACAAAUGUGCUCAGUAUUGGCCAUCGAUGGAGAGAGAAACAGAGAUUUUUGAUGAUUUGGUUGUGAAAAUCAAGGGAGAGGAAAAAUGCCCGGAUUACAUAAUCCGCCACCUGACCCUGAUGAACCGUAAAGAGAAGUCAGCAGAACGUGAAGUGACUCACAUCCAGUUCACAAGCUGGCCCGACCAUGGCGUCCCAUCUGAUCCCGGCCUGCUCCUUAAACUUCGCCGCAGGGUCAACUCCUUCAAAAACUUCUUCAGUGGACCGAUUGUCAUUCACUGCAGUGCCGGAGUUGGACGCACAGGGACCUAUAUCUGUAUCGAUGCCAUGAUUGAGAGUCUGGAGGCAGAAGGACGUGUGGACAUUUAUGGAUAUGUGGUCAAACUUCGCCGUCAAAGAUGCCUCAUGGUCCAAGUGGAGGCCCAGUAUGUGCUCAUCCACACGGCGCUGAUCGAAUACAGUCAGUUUGGCGAGACGGAAAUGGCGCUCUCGAGUUUCCACUCGGAGGUCAGCACACUCAGACAGAAGGAGGGAAGUGAACCGUCUUUAAUGGAGUUGGAGUUUCAGAAACUUCCAAAAUUCAAAACCUACAGGUCGGCCAACACGGCACGCACCGAGGAGAACAAGAACAAAAACCGCUCGUCUAUCAUUCCAUACGACUUUAACAGAGUCCCAAUUAAAGUGGACGAUGAAGUCAGCCAUGACAGUGAUGCUGACGAUGAGCAGGAUUAUUCCUCAGAUGAGGAAGAUGAAGUCCCCACCAAAUACAUCAACGCCUCCUAUUUGGAUGGAUACUGGAUGCCGAGUAGCUUCAUUGUGGCACAGGGACCCAUGGAGGAUACGGUUGCUGACUUUCUGCACAUGCUGUAUCAGAAGCAGGUUCAAACUGUCUUCAUGCUCUCGAAUUGCACUGAGAAUGACAAGGAGUUCUGCACCCAGUAUUGGCAUGAUGAGAAGAAAACAUUUGAGGAGAUGGUGGUGGAGGUUAAAGAGACUGAAAACACCCCUACAUACAUCAGACGGUGCCUAGAAAUACAGCACACCAAGAGGAAAGACAGCCACACACUGCAGCAGUACCAGUUCCUGAAAUGGGCGGGUCAGGAGCUUCCAGACAACCCUCUCGAUUUGGUUGACAUGAUGAGGAGUGUCAGACAGAGCGGUGACAACAACAACAAAAACAAGAAUUUGCCCAUUCUGGCACACUGCAAUGAUGGCUCCUCACGUUCUGGAAUAUUCUGCGCCUUGUGGAAGCUUCUGGACAGUGCGGACACAGAGAAACUGGUGGACAUCUUCCAGGUGGCCAAGGACAUGCGCAAGGCUCGCAUGGGCAUGCUCACCAGCUUUGAGCAGUACAAUUUCCUGUAUGCUGCCCUGGAGGUUGCGUAUCCGGUGCAGAACGGUGAGGUGAAGAAGCCCAGCGAAGCCCCUGCUGACACUGUGCAGGUUAUUAACGAAUCCACAGCACUGAUCAGUCCCAGCACAGGCACCGACACCGAAGAGAGUACCAAGGAAGGUACCGGCUCAGUAUCGCCUGAAGAGGGAGCCACUGAGGCCAGCACAGAGCCAGAGAAAAGCCUUAGUGAGAGCACCCCUAACGGUCCGACUGCUACAGCAGAGGCCGAAUCUGUUUAACUAUAAUUGCUCAUAGUGCCAUUUCUGCAGCUUGCUUUUUAUUCCACAAAAAAUACAUAAAUAAAUAAAUUAAUUAAUUAAAAAAUAUAAUAAUAAUAUUAAAAAAAAAAAAAAAAAAAACUAUUUAAGACUGCUUAUCUGGUCCCUGUAAAAACAUCCUAAUGCAACUUUACAUUUCAGAGAUUUGUUGUUUUUCCACUAUAACUCAGUAUAAUUGAAUUAACGAAGAUUUCUUUAAGAUGCUGAUUCCCAGUUGUGAGAAACAACAACCUCAUGUUUUCUUUUACUUUGCAGUGGUGUAGUUUAGCAUAACAUUUAGGCUGUAUUAACAUUAAGUCUGUAUUUAAUUCAAAAUAUACUGUUUUGUUAUGAACCAGUUUCUCAGAGUUUGCUUUAGUUGUUCCUUGUUUGACUUUAAACUGCAUUCAUGAAUGUAAUGUAAAUGGAAAGUUUGCUAAUGUUCACUGUAUAUCUAUAUAUAAUCUAGAGAUAUUUUGUUAACAGGUCUAAGUUAUAAAGUGGCGAAUGUAGAGUUAUGUCAUGCAAAGAUUUCUUUGCACUACAAUAGUGUCUUCAAACUAUCCGGUUGGUAUGAUUUUCAUUCGUAUAUUAUUGUUAUAUUGCAUUCAUAUAUCGAUGUUAUAUACAUAUGGUCUUGUUUCUUUUUUUUUUUUUUUUUAUUUCUGAAUAAAUUGAAUAAAGGAGUUAAACAUGUCGCUAUGUAACGAUCUUGCAUUGAAAAAUACCAUUUUAAACCAGCUCAGGACCGUUAGCAUGUAAGUACUGCUUAUGUGGGUUUGUAGGACACUCCAGAUGCAGAACCUCACAAUUUUGUUUCUCUUCAAAGAAAAGGAAAAACCCAGAAACAUUCAAUUUGGGCUGUGACAACAUCCUGUGCAGAUGUGAUCAAACACACAAAGUGUAUAGUGAAGAUUUUACUGUAACAAGUUGAUGGCUGUCAGUGUUUCGUCUUAUUUCAAUAACAAACUCAUUGUCGGUUCGUCUGUAUUAAUAGUACAUUCAUAAAUAAAGUGUCUACCUGUCAUGCAGUGGCACGGGGGACUUUUACCGAAA